GUAUCGGAAAUGCAAGGCAAGAAUAACUUACUAGAGAUUCACCUGGAAGAUGCUAAUAGAAUGCUGAAACUUGGUCGAGCAAGAGAAGACUAUAUGAAAGAAGAAUGCACCAGCUUUCAAAGCAUGAUAAAAAGCCUGCAGGAAACUAUUCAAAGUCAGUGUGACAUAAGAGAUGAAAAUGAGAGAUUGAAAACAGCAAUAUGUGAUCUAGAAGAAAAGAUGAAAAUGCUUGAAAAGGACUAUAACAGUCAAAUUGAAAGACUAAUAGUCGAGAAGAAAAACAUGGAACAGGAACAUAAAGUGAAAGUUGCUGAAGUUCAGGAUAACAUGAACCGAAAAUUUGAAGUUAAAGAAGCUGAGAUGAAUGGAAUAUUGGAGAAAAAAGAAGAAGAGAUUUUAGAGUUAACAAAACGACAGAAAAUUCAGGAAAGGGAAAAACAGCAUGAAAUAAUCAAACUGCAGAUGGAGUUCAACGCAAAACUAGCAAGAAUCCAAAGCACAUCAGUGAAAUCACAUCAAGAUAAUGCAGCUUUACCACAAAACAUCUUUAAAAGGAAACUCCAGCAUCUACAGGAAGAAAAAAGUUGUGAAAUUGCAAGUCUGCGUCAGACUAUAAAAGAGCUAGAGCAACAGGUUAACAGGGGCCACAAUUCUUGCCUUAAACGUAGAAGAUUCUGAGCAUGGUAUCUUUGUAACAAGUGAUAACUGCUGGAAUAUUUAUACACUGAGUUGUUAAUGCAGUAAAUGUUUGCUGCAUGCAGAAACUAUAUGUUUAGUUUCAGGAGUGUAUAAUGUAUCAAGAAUACAGAUAUGAAAUAUCCUGUACUUAAAAAAUAAAAGUAUUUUUCAAAUCAG